CCGCCCGGACUCGCCAGUCCGCCUGGAUAUUUACACCGCCGGUGUUGUUAAACGUAGUAGCUUAGCCACAAUGAUGGCUCUUCUGGAUCUUGCCAUGCAAGGUUUCUCUAUAUUUGGAUUCAUUCUAUUUCUGGUACUCUGGUUUAUGCAUUUCAUGUCCAUCGUCUAUGUCCGACUCUAUCUCAAUAAGAAGAGCAUUGACAAGCAGCCCUACAGUAAGCUGUCGGGGGUCUCUCUACUGAAGCCUCUGAAAGGAGUAGACCCCAACCUCAUCAAUAACCUGGAGACCUUCUUUGAACUCGACUACCCCAAGUUUGAGAUCCUACUCUGUGUACAGGACCAUGACGACCCAGCCAUUGACGUUUGUAAAAAGCUUCUAGGAAAAUAUCCCAACGUUGAUGCUCGGUUAUUUAUAGGAGGAAAGAAGGUCGGCAUCAACCCCAAGAUAAAUAACCUGAUGCCGGGUUAUGAAGGGGCCAAGUAUGACCUCGUGUGGAUCUGCGACAGCGGAAUACGAGUGAAACCGGACACUCUGACCGAUAUGGCCAAUCAGAUGACUGAGAAGGUGGGGUUGGUUCAUGGCCUUCCCUACGUGGCCGACAGACAGGGCUUCGCUGCAACACUGGAGCAGGUGUACUUUGGCACGUCCCACCCACGCUCCUACAUCUCAGCCAACGUGAUGGGUAUUAAGUGUGUGACAGGGAUGUCAUGUUUGAUGAGGAAAGAUAUCUUGGACCAGGCUGGAGGGCUCAUAACCUUCGCUCAGUACAUCGCUGAGGACUACUUUAUGGCGAAGGCCAUCGCUGACAGGGGAUGGAAAUUCUCCAUGGCAACGCAGGUAGCCAUGCAGAACUCCGGGUCCUAUUCAGUUGCUCAGUUCCAGUCCCGUAUGAUCAGGUGGGCCAAGCUUCGUAUCAACAUGCUCCCCGCCACCAUCUGUGAGCCCAUCUCAGAGUGUUUCGUAGCCAGCCUGAUCAUUGGCUGGGCUGCGCAUCACGUCUUCCACUGGGAUAUUAUGGUCUUCUUCAUGUGCCACUGUCUGGCGUGGUUCAUCUCUGAUUACAUCCAGCUCCGAGGAGUUCAGGGCGGUGCGCCAGCCUUCUCCAAACUGGACUACGCUGUAGCCUGGUUCAUCAGAGAGUCCAUGACCAUCCAGAUCUUCCUGUCGGCCCUGUGGGACCCCACCAUCAGCUGGCGAACGGGGCGCUACAGGUUACGAUGUGGGGGUACGGCCGAGGAGAUCCUGGAUGUAUAGCUACCGGCUUAAGUCCACCUACAGGGACACAACCCGAGUCCUAUCACCCCCAGGGGCCAGAGACAAUAACAGACACAGACUGAUCAGCAUCCCUAUAUAGUCAACUACUUUUGACCAGGGCCCACACUUGCCCAUAUUUUUCUGCUCUGGUUUAAGGUAGUGCACUAUAUAGGGAAUAGGGUUCCAUAGGGCUCUGGUUUAAUGUAGUGCACUAUAUAGGGAAUAGGGUGUCGUUUGGUAUACGGCCAGAGAGAGAUGGCAACAUUGAGUGGAAGAAAAUAAACUACCCGCUGUGGGUGUGACUGCUAGAGGAAACUACCCGCUGUGGGUGUGACUGCUAGAAGGAAACUACCCGCCGUGGGCGUGACGGCUAGAAGGAAACUACCCGCUGUGGGUGUGACUGCUAGAAGGAAACUACCCGCUGUGGGUGUGACUGCUAGAAGGAAACUACCCG